UGACGUUGGUUAGGGCAUUACCGCGCGGACCCUCUGGCCGGCGGGACGUAUUAUCAGAUAUUGUGAUAUUAAAAGUGUCUGUAGUUGCCGCGUCCAGUAUUUAUUUAAUUAGCCAGCUUUUCUGUUUUUACAGUAAAAUCUAAGGGAUUUCCUUUUUAUUUAAAAUCGGUAACUUUCGAAAGCAGUGAUGGAUAAAGAGUGUGUGGGCUGGGGCUGGUGGCAGGCGCGCAUUGCAUUGCUACUGGCACUGCCAAUUCUUCUCACCGGCAUGUAUGGCACCAACUAUGUAUUCCUAGCUGCGCGUACGCCGCACAGAUGCCAUAUUCCAGAAUGUGAAGAUAAUACAACACUAACGGGGCCUGUGACACAAGAAGCGUGGUCACCAUCUUGGUCUACCUGGGCAUUACCACCAAAUUCUGAAUGCCAUCGUCACCCAACACUCGUUGGAGUCUGCAGCGAAGACGGUUUCGAUAAUAGCACUUUCCUGGAUUGCGAAGAAUUUGUGUAUCAGCAUCACACUAGUAUUAUGGCUGAGUUUAGUCUAGCUUGUCAAGAGUGGAAGCGGACUCUCGUUGGUACAGUGCAUAACGUUGGCAUGUUAGUUUCGUUGCCAAUCAUGGGCUACGUUUCUGAUAGGUAUGGUCGUCGAGCUGCUUUAGUGACUUGCGGCGUGGGUGCUGGUGUUGUGGGACUAAUUAAAUCCUUUGUCAACUCAUAUCACCUUUAUUUAGCCUCAGAAUUUUUUGAAACUGUUUUAGGUGCAAGCGUAUACCCAGCAGCUUUUGUACUUAUGAUUGAAUGGCUGGGCGUAGAACACCGAAUUCUGGCCAGUUUGCUUCUUGGAAUUCCUUUAUCACUUGGAGCAGCUUCCCUAGCCCUUUUAGACUAUUUGACUGCUUAUUGGCGAACUUGGGCACGAUUUGCAUACCCGCCUUCCUUUUUACUACUUUUAUAUCCAUGGGUGUUACCAGAGAGUGUAAGAUGGCUUGUAGCUGGAGGGAAAGUCAAAGAAGCAGCUCGCGUUAUAAAACAAGCGGCAAGAGCUAACAAUGUUUCGUUACCUGAAGGGACACUUGAUAAAAUGUUGUCGACAGAUCAAGUUACCGAUAAAGUUUUAAAUAUUGUAGAAGAAGAAAGUAUAUUAAGAGCCUUUAUUAAGUACAGCGCAUUACGACGUCGUUUGCUCGUCUGUUUUGCUUGGUGGUUGUGUGCAGUAUUCGUAUUUUACGGGUUAGCAGUUCGUUCUCAUGCCCUUGCUGGUUCCGCACAUGCUAAUUACGUGUUGCUCGCCGCUGCAGAGUUGCCAGCGCUGCUACUAAACACCCUGCUCUUAGAUCGAGCUGGACGACGGCCUUUGCUCACCGCUGCUUUCUUGUUGACAGCUGUUGCGCUAAUUGCAAUACCAUGUCUGCCUGACCAUGAAAGUGGUUUUGGCGUAGCAUUAUUCCUUGCUGGUAAGAUGGGAGCUACAAUGGCCUUAAACGCUCUGUAUGUGUAUACCGCUGAAUUGUUUCCAACGCGUGCUCGUCAGCGACUGCUUGCGGCAUGCUCAACUUGUGGCCGUAUUGGAGCAAUUCUUGCACCGCAAACGCCGUUGCUAGCUCAGUACGGGGCUUGGGUGCCCACAACGCUGUUAGGCGCCCUACCGCUAGCCAGUGCGGCCCUGACUCGGUUAGUUCCCGACACAUUAGGCCGUCGCCUGCCAGACUCCUUCGCAGACCUUGACUCUUCAACAUCUGCUAUUUCUGUUUCAACUGCGCUUCCCUAGCCCGAUGUUAUAAUAUACAUGGAAGUGAUUCGAAAAAUAUUUAAUACAUGAAACUAUAUUGUGCUCACCUAAAGUAAUUUCUUAUUAAAAUAUAUUUUAUAAGAUCAAUUUCGAGGAACUGAAAAGAUUAUGGAACUGUAUAUUGAAAUAAGUUAGUAUAAGAAUUUAAGAUAAGAUAAAGUAUAACAUAUUACGCACGUAUUAUCUAUAAAGAGCACGAGGUGUAUAUUAAUGAAGUAGUCUAUUACAUUGUUGACAAUAUAUAGCCUUAGGCGUUUUAUAAUGUGACUGUUAGGACCGCUGAUGUUUUAAGUCUGAUUCAAAUGGAAUUUAAAAUUAUAUUGAAUAUAAAUCUAUUGAUAAUUGACGAAAACAAAUUAUUGAAAUACUAUUGAGUCGCUGUAUAAUAUCAUAAUUUUUUAAAUUUUAUAUAAUAUAAAUUUUAAUAAGCAUUAAAUAGAACAGUUAUGGUUCAGUGUUACUAAUAAUACUAAAAAUAAGUUAUUUCAAAUUGUAAUAUGAUUACUAUUGAAACCCGUUUAAAUUUGAUAAGUUGUUAUGUUGAAAAAGCACAUUUAUACAACUAGAAUAGGAUUAAUAUAAAGAUCAAAAAUAGUCUUAAGAUAAGUCUAAAGUGACUUUAAACAUAAAAUAUCGCAAUAUUUGCUCAAA